CCCCUAGGAUGCAGUUGGCUUGAGGACAGACAGGGAGAGGAGUCACCUGUUGCUGGCUGAUGCCAAACUUUUCCAAAGUGACUAUGCCCACCGACCCUCUCGCCAGCUCUCACCUCCUCAUCAACUCUUAAUAGUGACCAAAUUUUUCCUUGUCCUUCUGAUGGGUGUGAAAUGGCAGCUCACUGUGGCUUGAAUUUGCCAUUUCUCUCUUUACUAAACGAGGCUAAGCAGUUGGUGAAGUUGUUGCUGAAAUAAAGAAUGAAAGGAAGCCAGCGUGAAGAUCUAGGAGCAAAAGACGUAGGGGAGAGGAGGAAGAGCGACAGGUGCCAAGGUGGAAACAAGAACGGUGAGACCUGUGAGGUUUAUUUCAGCGCCACCCCCCGGGCCCGGUACGCCUCCCGGGGAAGCUGGGGUGGGGGUGCAGCUGCCCCUCACUUGGGCCCACCCCACAUGCACUCAGUCAGGGCUCCUGUGGAGCUGUGUUAGAGCCUUUAGACACAAGAUCGAGGAUCUUCACGGGGUGAGGAGACACGCCCGGCCCAUCCCUUCCUUCUCCCGCCAGCCUACAGGGAUCUUUUUCAACGAAACUCUAACCAGGUCCCUCCUCAGCUGAAAAUCCUUCGGUGGCUCCCCAGUGCCCUUGGGGCAAAGUCCAAACUCCUACGAGGCCCUGGGGCCCAGCACAUCUGACCACUCCGGGCAUGCCCACCCCACCCCAUCCCUGGAAGCUGCUCUCUAGGAGUUUACUCUGAAGCAGUUGCCACUUCUUCCCUCGGGCCUUUUCCCUUGAUAAUUCUUCACUUCCUCUGGGAAGUCACCCCGACCCCCUGUCAGGUGACCCGCCUCUUAACGGUCGCCGCGUCCCGUCUCUCCCCCACCAAAGCACACUUCCCUUUGCAUUGUAAUUGUCUGUUUACUUCGUCUGUCUCCCUCACUGGACCAGGAGUUACCCUUCGGGAGAGGCCCUGAGUGUCCUGUCCGGGGCUGUGCCCUGGCCCCAGGUACAGUGCCCCACACGUGCUGGGCGCUCCGUAAACACUGGAUAAGGGAAGGAACGGGCGCUCUUCGCUAGCUGGGCCAGGCUGCUUUGCAAAAAGGCCGUGGCAUUUCGCGCCGCCAAGAGCCACGUGCGGUGUCCGUUUCCUCGCUUCCUCCCCAGCAAUGUGCAUUUCCCUGGUCAAAGCCACGCUCUCCAGGCGCCAGCUGGGCGGAGGAAAUUUCCGCCCCCUCCCAAGCCCGAGGCGGGGGCGGGCGUCGGAAGGUCAGGUGUCCCGGCCGGCGCGCAGCGCCAGGGGGCGUCAGAAGCGCUCCGACCACGGGGCGCUGAGCGGGUGGGCGCGCGGCGUCCUGCCGGGGUCCCCACCUCGCAGGGGCCUCGCUUCGCUCGACGUCCCGCCCCGGACAGCCCCAGCACGGGGGACGACCCGCGCUGCGCCAGCGAACCCCGCCUCGAAGGAGUCCCCGCCCGGGCUCCCAGCGCCACGCGGCGCGAGCCCGGCCAGCCCCCGGCGCACCUGCUCGGGGAGUGGCCUUCGGCGGAGACGAGCCUCCGAUUGGCGCGGAGGUGACAAAGGGGCGUGGCAGAUAAGGCCCCUCCCCUCCCACCCCCCUGGAGUAUUUAAGGGAGUUGGCGGCGCUGCUGCACUUAUUGCGCCGCGGCACGGCCUAGCGAGUGGUUUUUCUGCGCUACUACUGCGCUACUCGGCGACCCCAGUGCCUCGGCCACCAUGCCGCGCUCUUUCCUCGUCAGGAAGCCCUCCGACCCCAAUCGGAAGCCUAACUACAGCAAGCUGCAGGACUCUAAUCCAGAGUUUACCUUCCAGCAGCCCUACGACCAGGCCCACCUGCUGGCAGCCAUCCCACCUCCGGAGAUCCUCAACCCCACCGCCUCGCUGCCAAUGCUCAUCUGGGACUCUGUCCUGGCGCCCCAAGCCCAGCCAAUUGCCUGGGCCUCCCUUCGGCCCCAGGAGAGUCCCAGGGCGGCAGAGCUGACCUCCCUGUCAGAUGAGGACAGUGGGAAAGGCUCCCAGCCCCCCAGCCCACCCUCCCCGGCUCCUUCGUCCUUCUCUUCUACUUCAGCCUCUUCCUUGGAGGCCGAGGCCUAUGCUGCCUUUCCAGGCUUGGGCCAAGUGCCCAAGCAGCUGGCCCAGCUCUCUGAGGCCAAGGAUCUCCAGUCUCGAAAGGCCUUCAACUGCAAAUACUGCAACAAGGAAUACCUCAGCCUGGGUGCCCUCAAGAUGCACAUCCGAAGCCACACGCUGCCCUGCGUCUGCGGAACCUGCGGGAAGGCCUUCUCUAGGCCCUGGCUGCUACAAGGCCAUGUCCGGACCCACACUGGCGAGAAGCCCUUCUCCUGUCCCCACUGCAGCCGUGCCUUCGCUGACCGCUCCAACCUGCGGGCCCACCUCCAGACCCACUCGGAUGUCAAGAAGUACCAGUGCCAGGCGUGUGCUCGGACCUUCUCCCGAAUGUCCUUGCUCCACAAGCACCAAGAGUCCGGCUGCUCAGGAUGUCCCCGCUGACCCUCGAGGCUCCCUCUUCUUCUCCAUACCUGCCCCCUGCCUGACAGCCUUCCCCAGCUCCAGCAGGAAGGACCCCACAUCCUUCUCACUGCCAUGGAAUUCCCUCCUGAGUGCCCCACUUCUGGCUGCAUCAGCCCCACAGGACUUUGAUGAAGACCAUUUUCUGGUUCUGUGUCCUCUCCCUGGGCUCUGGAAGAGGCCUUCCCGAGGCCAUUUCUGUGGAGGGAGGGCAGCUGGCCCCCAGCCCCGGGGGAUUCCUGAGCUGGCCUGUCUGCGUGGGUUUUUGUAUCCAGAGCUGUUUGGAUACAGCUGCUUUGAGCUACAGGACAAAGGCUGACAGACUCAUUGGGAAGCUCCCACCCCACUCAGGGGACCCCACUCCCCUCACACACACCCCUCCACAAGGAACCCUCAGGCCACUCUCCACGAGGUGUGACUAACUAUGCAAUAAUCCACCCCCAGGUGCAGCCCCUGGGCCUGCGGAGGCGGUGGUAGACUAGAGUCUGAGAUGCCCCGAGCACAGGCAGCUAUUUCAGCCUCCCGUUUGGCGGGGUGGCACCUGUUUCCCGGGCAAUUUAACAAUGUCUGAAAAGGGACUGUGAGUAAUGGCUGUCACUUGUCGGGGGCCCAAGUGGGGUGCUCUGGUCUGACCGAUGUGUCUCCCAGAACUAUUUUGGGGGCCCAACAGGUGGGCCUGGGAGGAAGAUGUUUACAUUUUUAAAGGUACACUGGUAUUUAUAUUUCAAACAUUUUGUAUCAAGGAAACGUUUUGUAUAGUUAUAUGUACAGUUUAUUGAUAUUCAAUAAAGCAGUUAAUUUAUAUAUUAAAAA